AGCUUUAAGACCAAACCACAAAGCACAAUCAAUGCUUUGAAUCCAAGGUCUAUAUAUAGGCAAUUUUUUUAGUUCAUACUUUGUGGGAGAACUGAAGGGGAAAUUAUCAAAUUAUUGCAGAGGAAAAUAUAUUCUAGUGCAAGGAGGUGAGGACUUGAUUGGAUAGUAAAAUGGGUGACGUUAAUGAAAUAGGCUCCAACCCUGCAACACCAAGACCGGCUUUUGUGGCACCAACACCGCCAAUAUCAGCUCCUCCUUCACAGUUUCAUUCUCCUUCUCUUUCUCGAUCACCACUUCUUUCCUCAGUUGAUCAUAUACAACCUGCAAACAAAACUCCCAAGAAUUCAACCCCCAGGAUUAGAACUCCACGAUUUAUUACUCCUUUGGGAAGUCCAAUUAGAAGGGCUCUUCAGCUUACUAGGCUUGAUCCUCAUGAUGCUUGGCUUCCAAUCACUGAGUCAAGAAAUGGAAACGCUUACUACGCUGCGUUUCAUACCCUUUGUUCAGGAAUUGGUAUUCAAGCCCUUGUGCUCCCAGUUGCUUUCACAAUUCUUGGGUGGACUUGGGGCAUUAUAAAUUUGACUGUGGCCUUCAUAUGGCAACUUUACACCCUAUACAUACUGGUGCAACUCCAUGAAUCUACUGAAACCGGAAUGCGUUACAGCAGAUACCUGCAGCUUUGCGGUGCAACUUUUGGUGAGAAGUUAGCAAAGUGGCUGGCUCUGUUUCCCAUCAUGUACCUAUCAGGAGGAACAUGCGUGGCCUUGAUCAUCAUUGGCGGCUCAACUUCAAGGAUGUUCUUCAACAUUGUAUGUGGUGGAACAUGCACUGCUCAUCCACCAACCACCGUAGAGUGGUACUUAAUAUUCACUUCUGCUGCAGUCCUUCUAUCUCAGCUGCCUAAUUUGAACUCGAUAGCCGGUGUGUCACUCAUCGGAGCCAUCACAGCUAUUGGGUACUGCACCCUAAUUUGGGUUAUUUCAGUUGUUGAGGGAAGAAUGCCAGGAGUAUCAUACAAUCCAGUUAAAGGAAGUACGCAAGUUAUUAGGAUUUUUGACGUUCUCAAUGCACUUGGGAUCAUUGCUUUUGCUUUCAGAGGCCACAAUCUCAUACUUGAGAUUCAGGCAACCAUGCCCUCGGACGAGAAGCAUCCCUCGCGCGUGCCAAUGUGGAAGGGAGUCAAGGUUGCAUAUACACUUGUUGCAUUGUGCUUAUUCCCUCUUGCUAUUGGAGGCUACUGGGCUUAUGGUCAAAAUAUACCAAAAGAUGGGGGCAUGCUAACAGCCUUGUAUGCAUUCCAUGGCGAAGACACCUCCCAGUUCAUACUAGGAUUAACAAGUUUAUUCGUCAUAAUCAACGCGCUAAGCUCAUUCCAAAUCUAUGGCAUGCCAAUGUUCGACGACAUGGAAUCCAAACUCGUUAGGAGGAUGAAGAAGCCAUUGCCAUGGUGGCUCCGAGUAAUUUUCCGGGCUAUGUUCGGCUAUGGAUGUUUCUUUGUGGCAGUGGCAAUCCCCUUCUUAGGAAGCUUGGCUGGUCUAAUCGGAGGGAUAGCAUUGCCAGUGACCUUAGCUUAUCCAUGCUUCAUGUGGCUUAAGGUUAAAAAACCAAAGGUUUUUAGCCCAACAUGGUGGCUAAAUUGGGUGUUAGGUGUUGUAGGGAUGGCUCUAAGUGGGGUUUUGAUUGCGGCCGGAAUUUACGUUGUCAUUGAUACUGGUAUUGAGGUUAGCUUCUUCAAGCCUCACUAAUAGGUAAAUUGGUAUGAGGGUGUGAUUAGGUCAAACAAAACAACUACUAUUAUUAUAUUUGUUAUAGAUCCUAUUUGUAAUAGUGAAAUUGGUUUUCCACAAAAAAAAAAAAAUGCAUUUAGCUUCAACUCCUUCUCUACAUUUUUUUUUUAAAAGAAUUCUAAUUCUCGGAUAUGAUUACGUGAA